UGCUAGUGUUCAGCCGUCUGCAGGCUGCAGUAUUAAAUCUGAGCAGCGGACCCACUGGACCAGAACCAGAACCGGAUGAGCUGAUCGGACCCAGUGUUGGACCAGCACAUGUUGGACCUCCAGCAGCCUGGGACCAGGUCUUGUAAGAAAAUCUGUUCCCUCCGUGUCGGCAGCGCGCAUUUGUAAGGCUUAAUUGGCAAAAGCUGGAAACAGACCGAUUCUCUUAAAAAACAAAAUAAAGUAAGAAGACCUCGUUUAUUUAUUUAUUUUAUAAUUUUGUUAUGCUGCCGAAGGUUACAACCUUGACAUGAUUAUAUGAGUUGUUUUACCGACAAAUCGAUCAGAUGAAAUGAACGGAUCCUCUCUGGCUGCAGUUCGCGCUCCCGACACAAGGGGGCAGAAUGUCACACAACACCGGUUGUCCUCAGCCCAGGAACCAAACGACCCCGGGAUCUUGUUCUGCCGGAAGGUAUUUAGAGACCCACAUAAUACAGCCGUUUCCUUGACAACGAGAUUUCUUUGUCGAUCACCAAACGGCUCCCACAAACAGAUUUGUUCAGGAACUGAGACUGGACCGGUUCGUAUGGAGGAGGAACUGUUCGCUCCGUCAUGCUCCUCGGCAGCAGAGGCGGCUUUCGACGUGGUGAUCGGCUGCAUCCUGGAGAUCAUCAUGGAGGAGGACUUCCAGCUGGUCCAGCGCAGCUUCUUGGACCGGCACUACCUGGAGUUUGAAGAGUCUGAUGAGAACAAGCUGAGCUACACUCUGAUCUUCAACGAAUACGUGGAGCUGCUGGAGAAACCUCUGGAGGAAUGUCUGAUGAAGAAGAUCCCCGGAUUCAACAUGGCCAGCUUCAUUCAGCUGCUGAUGCAGCACAAAGAAGAAGUCCCAGACGAGAUGUUUGACAUGCUGCUCACCUUCAUCGACUUCAUGGCCUUCAAGGAAAUGUUUGUCGAGUACCGAGCGGCUAAAGAGGGUCGAGGUUUGGACCCGAGUCAGGAUCUGCUGGUGACGUCUCUAAACCCGGCAGGUUCUGCUGGACACCAGUAGAACCACCAGAACCACCUUGGCCCUCAUAUUGGAGCUGCUUCGAGUCUGACAGAAACUCUGACCUGAUUCAAGACUAAGAACUCACUGAGUGUUGGAUGAAUGGAUGAAUGAACAGAUGAAUGAGUGAAUGAACAGAUGAAUGAGUGAUCUGUGUUUGAUCUAAGUUCUUGUUUCGUCUGAAUUUAUUGAAACUGAAUAAUUUUCUCUUCCUUCACUGAAGGUCGUCAUAGUGAUUUUAAUGUUUGUGAAUAAAUUAUCUUUGUCAGAUUUCUGAUGAAAA